AUGCCGGUCGCCCUGUCGCCGCUGCUGCCGCCGCCGCAGCUGGUGGUGGUGGCGCUUGACGCGACCCGCGACCACCGGGAGGUCGAGGUCAGGAUGGCGCUAAGAGCGCUGGUCGCCCGGGGCGACAUUCUUCGCGGCGGCGACUCCCUCGUCGUACUCGGCGUGCUCCACGCUAUCACCAAUCCGAUGGGAUACCAAACCAAAGCAUCUAAUGAUUCUUUUGCCGGGACGAACGCACGGUACCUUAAAGAUCAGGUUGAGAAGAAAGCUGAAGACUACAGAACCAAGCUCCUUCAGGAUGUGGAGGAGCUCCGCAAAGUCGGGAUAAGUGUAACCCUUAAAGUAUCUCCUGGAUCACCAGCAAAGGUUGUCAUUAUCCAUGAAGUCAAUUCAAGUAAAGCUGCUUGGGUUGUACUGGAUAGGCACUUCAGACGAGAUUUCAAGCACCUAGAAAAACACAUAGCCUGCAAGGUUGCAGCAUUUCAGGAUAACCUAUCAGUGCAGACAAUGAAGUCAAUUAGAACAAAUCUUUCAAGCAAAAGCAUGGGACAAGCAAAGGACCUAGAACAUUUAGUAGUGUCACUAGAUCUGAGCUCCAAGACGCUAGAUACUGACAAGGUUCGUGUGUCGAUCAAGUCAUCACCUGUAAGUUACUUUGCCUCUCUAAGCAAUCAUGAGAUGCACUACACCCCCAGUGUGGUUGGUAGCAGCAUGCAAGACUUCACACCAUCAAUGAGCAUCGCCUCAAUCACGAUGAUUGAUGAGACUAAUGGAAAAUUUAUUGAAGAUAACAUGAUCGCCAACAAUGAUUCAUCGGAAAGACCAGUUCUAUGUGCUGGUUGCGGGCUAAGAUCAGUGCUUUACAUCAAGGAAUCCAUGAAAUAUCCCUUCUCAGAGAUUCAAUCUGCAACAUCUGACUUCUCAAGGGAGAAGUUGGUGGGCGAGGGCGGAUUUGGGCAUGUAUAUAAAGGACAGCUCAAGGAUGGCCAGGUCAUUGCAGCUAAAUUGCGUAAAGAAGCUAGCUCACAGGGGUAUACCGAGUUCUUCUCUGAAGUGCAAGUGCUCAGCUUUGCCCGGCACCGAAACAUUGUCAUGCUACUUGGGUAUUGCUGCAAAGAAAGCUACAACAUCUUGGUGUAUGAGUAUAUAUGCAACAAAUCUCUGGAGUGGCAUUUGUUUGACCAGGAGGCGGGCUUACUUGAGUGGCACAAGAGGCAUGCUAUUGCCCUUGGUAUAGCAAAAGGGCUGCGCUUUCUGCAUGAAGAGUGUCGCGCUGGUCCGAUAAUACAUCGGGAUUUGCGCCCAAGCAACGUACUUUUGACACAUGACUUUGUUCCUAUGCUUGGCGACUUUGGUCUUGCAAAAUGGAAGGCUGUCAAUAAUUCUAUCCACACGAGGAUUCUGGGGCAAUCAGGGUACUUGGCACCGGAGUAUGCUGAAUAUGGCAUAGUUUCUGUCAGAACAGAUGUUUAUGCAUUUGGAAUCGUUCUUUUCCAGCUGAUAUCUGGUCGCAAGGCAGAACCUUUGGUUGAGAGUCUGGCACUGCACGACCUCAUCGAUGAGCGCAUUGCAGAUACAUACGAUACAUAUGGGCUAUAUCAUCUAGCCAGAGCAGCGUAUCUUUGUGUGCGGACAAACCCGGAACAGAGGCCUUCAAUGGGGGAGGUUGUUCGUCUUAUCGAGACUGAGAAUGAGCAUAUCAGGGACUUGUCCCGACAGUUCAUUCCACAUUUUACAAAGUGA